CAUCUAUGGUUUAUUAUAUUAUCUAUGGUAUACAAGUUUUGUUUUUCUCAUAUAAUGAAAUUAAAUUAAAUGUGUUCGAAUUACGUUUUUAAACUAAUUAUCAUAUUACCUUUGUGUACAAUUUACUCUUUGUUUGUUACUUAAGUCUUGGAUUUACUUGUUGUAGACCAAAGGUUCGAGAUUGUGAAUGAUGAAUAUUUCAAUUGAAAAGAAACGGAGCGAUUGUGCAGCGUUGCCAAAAGGAUGGCAAAGGGAAGAAGUUAUAAGAAAGUCUGGACUUUCUGCUGGAAAAGUAGAUGUUUAUUAUUACAGCCCUACAGGUAAAAAGUUUCGCAGUAAACCUGAGCUAGUUCGUUAUCUGGGUGAUAGUGUGGACUUGUCGUGUUUCGACUUUCAGCAGGGUCAAAUUAACACUAUGCUGCUGUGCAAGGCCAAGAAAGCACGAGCGCAGUUUGACUACAGGGGAGUACGCUCAGACGCAUCGCUCGUGCCUCCUAUACGCCAAACGGCGUCCAUAUUCAAACAGCCAGUCACUGUGUACAAAACACAAGAGAGUAAAGUGAAAACUGAUUUAAAACAUGGCACACAAGAGAAACCCAAGCAACUUUUCUGGGAGAAACGUUUGGAGGGUCUAACAGCGUGUGACGCUAACGGAGUCAUAGGCACCACAUCUUUGCCUAAGUACAUCAAAUCGCUGGGACCAUACAUCUCAGAUGCCACCACCAUACAGUCAUUGGCCACUGCUUUACAUGUUUCGUCACAACCUAUAACAGGUCAAAGUGGUUCAAAACAGACCAUUAUGGAGAGCCCCGGUGUUUUUUUAAACCCUGACCAACCGUUGAUCGCGGCGGUCACUAUAACGAAGGACGAUUUGCGACGUCAAGAGGAGCGCGUCAAGCGGGCAAGGCUCAGACUGCAAGAGGCUCUAGCGGUUGCAUAGGGUCACGCCGGCGACGGGGAAGUGCAAACCUCCGCCGCCGACUCACAGGAAGGAGGCCCUGAAGCCGACCCCGUUGAACAAAUGCUGCCCGACUCCACUGCUGAUUCGCCCAAGCCCGCCAUUUCUGAAUGCAUCGUCGAUAGUACUAGUUAAAUGGGAUUAGUGUUUAUAUGUAUAUUAGGCUAGAAUCCAGUUUUUUACUCUGAACUAGUUUUUAUAUUUAUCUUCUUUGAUGAUUCUUUGAUAUUUGGGGGGAAAUCUCACUAAGAGACACCAUUUUUCUGGAAGAUCAUCAUUAUCAACCCAUAUUUGGCUCACUGCUGAGCUUGAGUUUCCUCUCAGAAUGAAAGUAGUUAGGCCAAUAGUCCACCACGCUGGCCCAAUGCGGAUUGGCAGACUUCACACACGCAGAGAAUUAAUAAAAUUCUCAGGUAUGCAGAUUUCCUCACGAUGUUUUCCUUCACAGUUUGAGACACGUGAUAUUUAAUUUGUUAAAAUGCACACAACUGAAAAGUUGGAGGUGCGUGCCCCGGACCAGAUUCAAACCCACAUCCUUCGGAAUUGGAGGGAGAGGUCAUAUCCACUGGGCUAUCGUGGCUCAUUUAGCUCAUAUUCUGGAAGAUAACUUAAGUAUUACAUUUUAAUAUUAUAUUUUAAAUAAAAAUCGUCAUGUCUCUAAUAUAUUGGGAUGCUCCAGGAUCUCACAUAAAUAAACUUUGAGAAAAUAAGUUGGGAUCUUGUCAUAUUAAAAAAAAAACUUGUAUCUCGGUUGACUGUGCCUGCUCGGCUCAAUUUUGGAACAUAUUUUCCCAAAUUUUCAUAGAUUUCCAUCUAUAGCGAUCAGCGGCGAAGAGUCCAUACAGGCCGAUUCAUUAUUGUAUUGAAUAUAUGUAUAGAUGAAUGAGAAACCAGAGUUUUUAUCAAGAUAUAUAAAUAUCCUUUUCUUAGGGAUGGCUUACCUUCGUCACUGAUAGCUAUAUAAUAUAAUACAGAGGCAACUAUAGGCUGUGUAUAUAUUGACGUAUGUCAGUGUCGUGAACUCAUGACUAAUGCAAAAAUUAAAUGGAUUUCUUUUAAUGUUUUUAUGUAUCUUAUAAUGUUUUUUAUGUAUAUUUCAAUUUAGAUGUAACUUGUAGGAAGUAGAACACUUUGAUGAAAUUAACAGAUUACAGCAAUUCAUGCUAAGCAAGUAUAAUAUUAUAAUAAGUAUAUCUAAUACAUAGUCAAUUAAUGACAAUCACAAUAUUUUUUUUUUACAAGUAAGCCCUUGACUACAAUCUCACCUGAUGGUAAGUGAUGAUACAAUUUAAGAUGGAAGCGGGCUAACUUGUUAGGAGUAGGAUGAAAAUUCAGACCCAUUUCGGUUUCAUUUCAGUUUCUUGGCAUGAAAUUGAUUAGUCACAAACUCUGCUUAGAUACUACUUGUUUGUAAUAUUCUAUUUAUUUAUUCUUAUAAUUUUUGUGAUGAAUGUCUUUCAGUGCAUUAUUGUUUGGAUUAUAGUAAACUCCAGUCAAGAAAAAGUAAAAGUGAACAAGGAAUUUAUACUUUUUUGUAUAUCUCAAUCAUAAUAUUAUGAUGUUAAACUUAAGCAUAGUAUAUUUGUGGUAAGUGUGAUUUUAUAAUAAAAGAACUUUUAUAAUA